AUGCAACGCUGUGCAAGUCUCUAUUGGCCACUGGUGGCUCUUGUACUGUUUUUAGUGACCACUCCGCAUGUCUCACGUGCUGCCAAUAGACAUGAACCACACAAGAACACCAUUCGUCCUUUCAUUAUUCCCUAUGAUCAUUCCGAUUAUUUAAAAUUACAGCAUCGAUUGAAUGAGACUCUCUAUUUGAUGAAGACGGAAUGGAAACAGUAUGGAGCCUUCCAUAGUUUAUAUUCUACUCCAGCCACGAGAUGGGAAAUGGGUACUGAUCUGGAUCAACUCAUCGAGUUGGUUCAAUAUUGGCUUGAUGAAUUUAAUUGGAAGCAACAAGUGGAAAAAUUAAAUUCAAAAUUACCACAUUUUGAAACGACUAUAACUUUGGAAGAUCAAGAGGAUUUGAUUCGUUUUGCAUGGAGACAAUCAUCCAAACAAUCCGAUUUGCCAUUGGAUCAGAGAAAAGUCCUUCUCAUUAUUCAUGGAUGGCCAGGAAAUGUUUGGGAAUUUCACAAAAUUGUGAACGAGUUGGUUGAAGAGAAAGGCUUUGAUGUCGUGGCACCUUCCAUACCAGGCUAUGGGUUUUCUUCAGCUCCUAAAACGGAGGGUUAUGAUGUGAAAAAAGUGGCUUCUCUCUUUGUCAAGCUCAUGAGAGAGCUCGGUUAUGGCAAGUAUGUCGUUCAGGGAGGAGAUUGGGGAAGUUUGAUUGGAGAGAAUGUAGCUCGAUUGGAUUCGACUCAUUGCAUUGGUUAUCAUUCGAACAUGUGUGUAACAUUGCCUUAUUGGCAAGAUUGGCUUCAAGUUGCAGUAGACUCUGUGAAAAAGAUCAUCUAUGGAACUCCUCUCAUUGAGAAUACUGAAUCUUUUAGUUCCUUCUUAUUGUAUACUGUAAAAUAUUUUACUGCAGAUGGUGGUUAUCAACAUAUUCAAUCGACAAGACCUGAUAGUUUGGGAAUUGCAUUGUUGGAUAGUCCUGUCGGUACGAUGGCUUAUAUUUUAGAAAAAUUCAUUUCAUGGACCGAUAUUCCACAAAAAGAUACUUCUCAAUUAUUCACUCGAAUUUCACGAGACGACUUUUUGACCAUUGUCAUGAUUUAUCAAUCGACACGAACCAUCGCCUCAAGUAUUCGACUCUACUAUUUUACCAUGGCCAAUAAUGCUCAAAAGUCCUUUGGUGAAGACAAACCCUAUCUCACAACACCCACAGCAUGCGCAGUGUUUAAGGAUUUAUUUAGAGCCACUCGAUAUACUGCACAGAGAAAUUUCAAUUUGGUACAAUUUAAUCGAUUUGAACAAGGAGGACAUUUUGCUGCGUUGGAAAAUCCAAAAGCAUUGGUGCAAGAUGUUGUUACCUUUGCAACAAAUAGGUUUGACACUUCAAUGGAAAGCAAAAAGAAGGAAAAGAACGAGUUGUAA